CAAUUAAAACACCAACGAAAAAUAAGAACAACAGGAAGAAGGCGAAUAUGGUUAUACUGUUUAGGUGUUUGUUUAGCGACUGUCAAAUAACCUGUAUUUAGUUUUUUAUGUUUAUUUUACUUUUGUAAACUGCGCUUCAUAGUGUACUUAUAUUUGGAAAUCACUAAUCCCAGGCAGUGAGAUAAUGGACGCUGGCAGCCGGAAAGACAGAACCAAACAGAAGGAGACGUCUGUACGAGGGGACCGAGUGAAACAGAAAUCUGCUCAGCAGGAGCUCAAACAGAGACAGAGAGCAGAGAUCUACGCCCUGAACAAAGUCAUGACGGAGCUGGAACAGCAGCAGUUCGAGACGUUUUGCAAGCAGAUGCAGUCGCAACCGGAAUGAAGAUGUGACGUAUUUAAAAAGCUGAUGAACCGAAGCCCUGCGUGACCGAACACCAGACUCUUAAACACAGUAUGCAAUGCGUUCAGUCGAUCAGUAGCAGUAUUUAUACUAAGGUUAUGUAUAAAUAGUCACCAAGCCAAAAGAAACAAAUUAUUACACGCCGAGUGUCUGACGUGAUGGAAGUGAUGAGGAGGAAAUGCAAAAUGUUCACGAUCAACCUAAUUUUUUUUUUUUUAUGGAGAAGGGGAUUAGUAUUAUUGUUAUUUUACAGUGUUUGUUGUAUUAAUAUUGUACAAGGUUUACAGAGAACGCAUGGAAAACCUUCUCGCUGUUUCAUGCCUCUCACUUAUGGAUGUUAACCGUGUUCACCUUUUACCACUGAUGUUAUUUAAUACUUUUAAAAAAUAAAUAUUAGUCAAAGGC